AUAAAAACAAUAUUUUUAUUUUCGCAUGAACGAUCACUGUUAAAUUUCGCGGAAGCCGUAGGAAUUUUCAGUCUGUUGUCUGUUCGGUUCGUUCCUGUUUCGUCAGAAGCAAUAAACGCAGAUUCGUGAAAAAAUCAAUUUUGGUAAUUAAUAUUUUCCAACUAGAUGUAUUGCUUUAAAAAAAUCAGACCAAUUACGCAUCGCAUAGGAAAUUCGUAUGAUAUGCGUUCAGUUCCAAGAUUUAAAUCGUAUAGUAUUGCUUUAGAACAUUUGAAGCAUCGAUCGCUGUUAAGGCUGCAAGGAAUUGACUCAGCGACAUUUUUGCAAGGAUUGAUCACUAACGACGUAAAACAUUUUGACCAAGGAAGUAAAUCACUCUAUGCGAUGUUUCUCAAUGCAUCAGGUCGAGUUUUUUGCGACAGUCUCAUAUACCGAGAAGCAAGCACGAACAGUUUCUUAAUAGAAUGUGAUAGUGAUAUCGUGGAAAAUCUUAGACGUCAUUUAAACUUAUAUCGUGUCCGAAAGCAAAUAGAUAUUUCUAUAUCUGAGUAUCUUGUAUGGGCUGCAUUUAGUCCUGAAAUCCUAGAAGAUUCGCUUUGUGUGACAACAAAACAAGAUGAAAAAAUCGUAACUUUUUGCGAAGAUCCUAGAUCGAAACAUCUCGGUUAUAGAUUGAUUGUAAAUAGAGGAGUUCAAGAAGAAUUCAUCAAAAAAUGGUGUUUUCCUCUUACUAACAUCGAUAAUAAAAUCAAAUAUCACGAGCAACGAUAUACGCUCGGAAUUGGAGAAGGAAUCGUCGAUUUCCCCCCAGGCAAGUGCUUUCCAAUGGAAUGCAAUUGUGAUUUUUUGCACGGCAUUAGCUUUCAUAAGGGUUGUUACAUUGGCCAGGAAUUGACAGCCCGCACCCAUCAUACAGGCAUUAUAAGAAAGCGGUUGAUGCCUCUAGCUUUUGAAGCAUUGAUAGAUCAAAAUCUCGAAGAUGCCGAAGUAAGUUUGGUUGAGGGUACAGUUGUUGGGAAGCUAAGAGGAAAAGCAGGUCGUGCGGGGCUCGGAUUGCUUCGAAUAGAAAAAGUAAUCGAUAAACAACGUCUUAUAGUGGGCAAUAAAUAUUUCUGCACAGUUUACCGCCCUUGCUGGUGGCCGAAGGAAAUACACAAAAAUAUUUAGUUCUAUAUGUCUACGGAAUAUCCUGAUCGAGAGCAAAUUUUUACAUGCGAUUUGUGUCACUGGACUGAGGUUUACCAUUAUUACGGACGAACUACUUCAUUUACCAAUAACAUGCAAUAUCACGAGAAUUAUUUUAUAAUGAAAGAUCCUUUCUCUUCUCCACCGUCAUCGGUGCAAGCCAGUCCAGUGGAGUAUUCAAUUGUGUUGGGGAGCAAUUGUCACAUGUGC